AUGUCAUCUUCAUCAGCCACACUCGGACACGGUAGACCUUCACAUGGAAAAGCUCAAUCAUCACAUCCACGUCAAUCAUCAGCUGCAGUUUACAAUAUGUUUGAUGCAAAACAAGUUCAAACUUUCAAAGAAGCUUUCUCUAUGAUGGAUCAAGAUAGUGAUGGUUGGAUCACUGAAGCUGAUCUAAAAACAAUGUUAGCAAGUCUAGGUCAAGCUCCAACCCCGAAACUCUUAACAUCCUUAUUAUCAUCAAGACCUAAUUCGAUUCAACCAGCAGAAAUAGAUACACCAGAUUAUCAUCAAGGUCUGAAUUUUACGACUUUUUUAACUUUAAUGUCUGAGAAAUUAUUAGAAUUAGAUUCAGAAGAUGAAUUAUUAGAAGCAUUUGAAAGUUUUGAUGAAUCUGAUAAAGGAAUUGUAGAUGGCAAAGAGAUUAGAGAAUGGCUUGGUAGUCUUGGUGAUCGUAUGUCAUCUGCUGAGAUUGAUAAGUUACUUAGUCCACCUUUUGCGGAUAGACAUGGGAAUUUUAAUUAUCGCGAUUUUGUAUCAGCUUUACGCGUUAGUGAGGCAGAAGAAGCAGUGCCUAUGAAUGGUUAA